AUGCUUGCUAUUGACGAUAUUAUUGCUAUAUGCUUUGGACUGACUAGCGUUCUCCUUGGGAUUAUUUCUCUCUAUGUCAUGUGCAAACCAAAAGCUGCCUUUGACAUGCCAAAACCUGAUCUUGAGUCGGGACCACGAAAUACGAGUCUACCCUCCAGUCGAGCACAUUCGAUCUCAGAAUCUUCCAGUCUUCCUAGACGGGCUCUAAUUUCAUUUCAUGAUGGAACCCACAACAAUCUCCGCUCAAUCAGAUCCACCCCUCAACGUGCGACAAAUCAAUUCCAAGAUUUCUCUUUGUUCGUUCCGGCUGUGACUUUUGCUGCAGUGGAACCUUCUUCUGAACCUACGAUCGAGCUCUACCAAGUAACACACUCCGCGAGCUUUAUACCAUACAAUCAGAGUUGGGGUUGA